CCAAAUUGUACUGCAGCUGAGAGAGCCAUUGCAAGACUUGCAACACACCCCAUCUUGAAACCCAGAUUUGUUGAACUUAAAGCUGCUGUAAAAGCUUUUAAGGAUGCAAGAAAGAACCCAGACGAAGCCACUCCUUCGAAAAAGGCUAAGUCAGAACAGCCUAAAUCAGUGCAACAUUUCAGUAGCAAUUUGGGUGACCAAGCUCUUAAACUAGCUCAAAACCAGCAAGGACGUGAACACAAAACAGAAAUGAGUGUCAAAAUAGAAACUGACAGGGUGGCUGAAGAACUGUGUGAGAAUGAAUCUGAGCAGAAAACUGUGGAAAUGGAGAGAGCGUAUCUUCCAGAAGAAUCUUCAUUUCAGACAGUAGAAAUACAAGCAGUCACUCAGAAUAAAACAGGAAAGAAACUUGGCUAUCAAAAAAGGAAAGAAAAUAUGAGCAUGAACAAAUUAAAUGCAACAAAAGAAAUAAUGAAUGAUGAUAGUGGCAAGGAACAUCCUAAUGAAGAGGAGUACUUUGAUGAUAGUACUGAAGAGAGGUUUUAUAACCAGUCAUCAGAUUCUGACAGUGACAGCAAUGAUGAUUUCUUCAUUGGCAAAGUAAAAAGAAAGAAAAAGAUAGCAGCAGUUACCCAUCUUUCUUCAGCAAAAGAAAAGGAUAGACUUCGGAAAAACAUAGUGAAGAAAGAAAAGAAUACCACGCCUGGGUCAGCACAAGAUUUGAUCAUGGAAGAAGGAAAGCCACAUGCCAAAGCAAGCAAGCUAGAAUCAAUGUUCUGCAGUUCUUUGUCUACCUCUAAUCAGAAAUCUCAAAACAGAAGAAGAAAUACCAAAGACCAGCCUCUCAAAAAUGGAAGAACAGCUCUUGUUAAAAAGGAACCACAGCUCAAGAAGCAACCAUUUGCAAAAGCUGCAGGUAUUAAAUGCGACAAUAAGAGAGCGUGUUUGGAGCAGCCUCUUCAUCCAUCAUGGGAAGCAAGCAAGAGACGCAGGGAACAAAUGUCUCAAAUUACAGCAUUCCAAGGGAAAAAGAUUAAAUUUGAUGACUAG